UGAUAAUUAAAAUUCGUUUUCCAAAAUAAGUAAAAAUGCUUGAGCAACCAGGCGUGCUAUUGGUUCGAACUAUGUCAUCUUCAGCACCAGGAAAUAUGGAUUUUCUUUUUAAUUUCUGAGUUGCAUAUAAUGUUUCGGAACAUCUACUUGAGCACUUGAAAUAGUGUUGAUCUUUCCCGAAAGUAUACAUCAUUCAUCCAGAUAAGAGUUCAUCAUCAGCAAAAAAAAAAGCUGGCAUCAAGGAAAAUUUUUCUUGUCAACGAUAUGAGGCCAAUAUCAUGGUUAUCUAUAAACUUUAUCAUCGUGUCUUUCAUAGCCCUAUGUCCUAGUGUGCACAGUACUGACAAUGGAGUUGUGGUUGUUAAACGCGAGCAAGAUCCCACUAACGAACACGGAGAGCCUGAUCGAUUUGGUUCUUAUUACACAUGGACAGACUGUAUAACUAGGUACAAAGCCAAUUUACUUUCACAAGGGUUCUGUGAAUGCCCGAGUGAAAAAAGCACAUAUUUCUACUUCAACGACCAAUGCAAUGCCAAUGUGGACAUCGAAAAUUUGAUCUCUCACGCUCGAGUUUGUUUUGGAGGUUUUUUAGAAUUCAAACACCAGUCAAGAGACAGUCCAUAUCCUGUGUUUGAACUAACAGAUGCUCCACCGUCGGAGGACGUGAAUUUUAAAAACGUCAAAACCUUCCAUGGUCAGUGUAGAAGCAAACAUGUGUUUUACUUUGACGAUUCAAGAGGGGGGUUGCUCGAARCAACGAAUUUURUGAACAYAUUUUCUCUUAAAAAGGAAAAGCAGGUAUAGUAUAUGGCAAUCCAUUAAUGUCAUCCCAUGUUCAUC